AUGAACGAGCUAUUCAAGGGCUUUGCGAAAGCCCAUGCUGAGCAGAAUGGAUAUCUGCUCGCGGCAACACUCUCACCAGUUUCCCCAGAAGACAACCCCCAGCGGCUCAGGUCAAUUUGGAAGAGCAGCAAUGCGCACAGCAUCAAAGGCGACAUCAAGCAUUUGAUCAAGUCAAAUUCUAGGAGUUUGGACCACGAGGAGAUCAAAGGCUGGGUGGAGGUGUAUGCCGCAUAUUGGAAUGCUGUCGGGGACAUUGUUGCGGGAGAGGACGGCAAGUCAACGUGGACCAAGGUCUAUGAAUCAUGGAAGGAAUUGACAUCGGUGCUGAUCCGAGGUUACAACAACUUUGGCUUUGAAGCAUGGACGAUCCCCUGCCUAUAUAUGGUUGGCAAAUACCUGAGAUUAUUCGCCAUCAAAUCCGAUACAGAGCGUAGCCGCAACCUUGGCGACAACUCGGGGGGAGCCUCGCUGAUGCAGGAUGACUUUGACCCAGAGACGGAAAAGCAAGGCCAGUUGAGAGAUUGUGAGCAGCACCUGAAGAGGAUAUUCACCCUAUGUCUCAACGACAGGGCGCCAUUAGAAGAGUCUAGAAAAUGGGGCAUCUACUUCAUCAUCAACCUGCUGUUCAAGACAUACUUUAAGCUGAACUCGGCCUCUCUCUCACGGACUAUCUUGAAGACCUUGAGCGCCUACAGAGGAGAUAUGCCGCCACUUUCCGCGUUUCCAAAGUCGCAGCGAGUCACCUUCAAGUUUUACGAAGGUGUCCUAUUCUUCCUCGAGGAGAACUAUGUCGAGGCCGAGAAGCAUCUUGUCGAAGCCUGGGAACUUUGCCAGAAAGAUGCCAAGCCAAACCUGGAACGGAUCCUUACCUACCUCAUCCCCUGCCGUCUUCUCACAACCCACGUAUUGCCCACAAAGGCACUCUUGGAGCCGUUCCCACGCCUACAAAAACUCUUCCUCCCUCUAGCCCAAUGCAUUAAAAAGGGCGACCUUCACGCCUUUGACCUUGCAUUGCAGGAGAAUGAAGAUGAAUUCGUGAAGAGACGCAUUUACUUGACGCUCGAGCGUGGUCGCGACAUUGCCUUGCGGAAUCUGCUGCGCAAGGUCUUCAUCGCCGGAGGGUUCGACGAGCUCAAAGAGGGCGAAACUACGCCAGUGCGCCGUACGCGAGUGCCCGUCACAGAAUUUCACGCGGCCAUCUCUAUGAGCAGCGGGGGAGAGAUGGUUGACCCGGAUGAAGUUGAAUGCUUGCUGGCGAACAUGAUAUACAAGGAUUUGAUGAAAGGCUACAUUGCCCGCGAACGAGGCAUCGUGGUGUUAUCCAAGAAAGGCGCAUUCCCGGGUACUGGCGUCUGA